AUAUUUUGUUUUUUUCCUGGUCCUAAGCAAAUCUCCGGUGAAAUUUCAAUAAACCACUAGUCUUGGGCAUAAUCUAUGGCAUUCCGUUCAUGCUCAAACCACCACCACCUCAAAAAAAAGAAAACACAGUUAAAACCAUAUCAACAAGAAUACCAAUUAUCAGGAAUCCAAGUCCACCCUUUAACAAAUACACUCACAUAAUCUAUCUCUAAUUUCAUUACACUUGAAUUCACCAUCAUCAAUAUUCUGCAAAGAACCAUAAGAAUAAUUUAAUUCUUUAUGUUUUUGUCUGAAUUGAGGACAACCCGUUUGAGAAUUCCAUUUCUUGAAAGCACCCAACAAGUUUUUAAACUGGUCGGAUAUGGAAAAUGGCGGUCAUGGUGGUGGGUUGGGGUGGUCAAGAUUUGAUUUUUAGUGAAUGUAGUUGAAGAAGUAAAGUGGGAAAUCAAGAAAAUCAGAGAAAAGAGCUGCCAUAGAAGGGAUCAGCUUAAAUUUUUUGUUUUAAGGAAAAAAAAUUAUAUUAGAAUAAUUAAAAUAAUUUACCAAUGAAAUCAGUUUUUAUUAUUUAAUUUAAGAAGUUUUUAAUUUAAUGUAGUUUUUUUUUUUUUUACUUUUUUUAAAUGACGUGUUAGGCGUGAUAGUUGUGGCAAUUGACGUGGAAAGAGUAUUACACUCACAAAAAAAUAUUUAAAAUAUUUUUUUAAUGGAUUCAAAUAAUAAAUAUAUAAAUAAAUAUGUCAAAUUUACAAAAUCGACAUAUACAGCGUGAAUAACAUCAUUUUGCCAUUAAAUAAAUAGUUCGGCAUAAAGUGAUAAGCAAGCUACUCGGUAAUACAGUGAAUACUAUCAAUUCCAAAAAGGAGCCGCCCCGAGUUUGGCUUCCCUAAAACCCCAAAGAGAAAAUGGCGGAUGAAGCAGAAGACGCGAUACUAGUAUACCUCAAAGACAACGAUGAGAUUUCAAAUUCUGCAAAUUUUGCUGAAGAAUUUGGUUUUAGCCAUGACGAGAUCCUAAAUGUCAUUCGCCGCCUCAAUGGCUUUAGAUUUGUCGAAGCUCAGGAUAUUAGGAAAGAGCGAUGGGUGCUUACCGAAGAGGGGAAAACUUAUGCUGCCGUAGGUUCCCCAGAAUUUCAGCUUUUCUCAGCAGUACCGACGGAGGGAAUUGCGCCGGAGGAGUUGCAGAAAAAAUUGGGUCCUGCAGUUUAUAAAAUUGGUUGCCAGCAAGCUAUAAAGAACAAGUGGGUGCAGAUGGCAAAGGCACAGGUUUCAAGGAAGGUCGAACAUGCUGAUGACAAAGUUAAAGAUUUGCUGUUGCGGAUACAAAAGGACGAGGUUGUCAACCAGGAGGAUAUUGAUGCUCUAAAGCGAAGAAAACUAAUAAUUCAGCAGAUUUGGAAAGGAAAUUCCGUAAGAAAAGGUCCCGAAUAUGCACCGAAAAGGAAAAGAGCAGCUACUGAUCUCACUCGGGAAAAUUUGCAGAGGGGUGACUGGAAGGAAUUGGAAUUUAAAGAGUACAACUUCAGUGCUAAAGGUCUGCCAGUUGAAGGUGGCCAUCUUCAUCCAUUGCUCAAGGUUAGGCGGCAGGUACAAACGAUUUUUCUUAAUAUGGGGUUUGAGGAGAUGCCAACAAAUAAUUAUGUCGAAAGCAGUUUUUGGAACUUCGACGCACUUUUCCAGCCCCAGCAGCACCCUGCCCGUGAUUCACAUGAUACAUUCUUUUUGAAAGUGCCUUCCACUACAAGGAUGCUGCCAGAAGAUUAUGUUGAGCGGGUAAAAGAAAUUCAUGAGUCUGGUGGUUACCAAUCUAGAGGAUAUGGGUAUGAUUGGAAAAGAGAGGAAGCGAACAAGAAUCUUUUGCGGACACACACUACUGCUGUUUCGUCAAGAAUGCUGUAUGCAUUAGCUCAGAAGCCCUUCGCUCCCAAGAAAUACUAUUCUAUUGAUCGUGUUUUCAGAAAUGAAGCAGUGGAUCGGACACAUCUGGCUGAAUUUCAUCAGAUAGAAGGCUUAAUAUGUGAUCGCGGACUUACUCUUGGUGAUCUGAUUGGUGUUCUUCAUGACUUCUUUUCUCGUCUAGGUAUGUCCAAGCUUCGCUUCAAACCUGCUUAUAAUCCUUAUACUGAGCCCAGCAUGGAAAUUUUCAGCUACCAUGAAGGCUUUAAGAAAUGGGUGGAAGUUGGAAAUUCUGGUAUGUUUAGGCCUGAAAUGCUGCUCCCUAUGGGUCUGCCAGAAGAUGUUCGGGUUAUUGCCUGGGGCCUUUCCCUUGAGAGGCCCACCAUGAUUCUCUAUGGAAUCGACAACAUCAGAGAUCUUUUUGGUCCCAAGGUGGAUCUAGGUCUCAUCAAAAGAAAUCCAAUAUGCCGGCUUGGACUUUAGUAGUACAAUAUGACUUGCGGAUCCAUUCAGUUGUGUCUGACACUCUUGAUUGUUGAGGUGAAAUUUUUCUGCUGCACAAUCAAGUUGACAUCAUUUCUUUGCACAGUGGGACAGUUCUCGCUGGUACUGGUCAUAGAUGUUCUUGUUGAUACAAAUGUGGAGAUCAAAUAUCCAAUGGGUGGAAGCUGUAUUGAAGUUUUGAUGUUAUAACUAGAUUUAUGCAUUUAGUCCCUUCAAAAUACCUUUUUUGGCGUAUCUAAUGACAGGUUGAUAUGUGGAUUUGCUCCUCCUUGAAUCAUGAUUACCCUCUUAUUAUAUUGAUCUCUUGAGAAAAAUUGAUGUCA